UUUUUCUCCUCUUUUAUUGGAUCUUUGAAAGCAGUCGCUGACUCGUAUGCUAGCCGCAACUUGUCAGUACUAGGACGUGCUACUGUAGCCAAUAUGCUCAUUCUCUCAAAAUGCUGGUAUUUGCUAGGAGUAACACCUGUUACAAAAGCUAUUCUACAAUCCAUCAAAACUGUAAUCACCUCCUUUGUUACUCAUGGCAUUUUUCCUGGCUUAAGUUGGAAACUGAUGAUUACCCCUAGAUCCAUGGCUACCAACACUGCCACAAUGAUUUGUUGUACUAUGGACCUUAUUCCGCGCAAUGGUUACACGUACAUGCCUAGCUCGAUUGAUUGUCUUUUGCUAGCUCUCUCUGUAGUCAUCUCCCCUUCCACAUCUUAUACUUUGUCUCCGAAACUACGGUCUCUACUUGUUUCUGCCUUAUACGCCUACCGUCCCCAAGAACAUUUCCUCCGCCCUAUUGUAGAGGCUAAUCUUUCUCGAGAUCUUUUCUUUGUUAACCGAAAGUUCCUUUGA